GCAUCUCCUGUGGGCGGGACUAAGUCUCGUCGAGGAGGGGAGUUAGAGAAGUGAGAAAGGGCCAUUGUUAAGACUUGGUGAUGACCUGCUGACCUGCUGAUCUGCAGGUUUCCCCCAGCAUGAGCGCUGAGGAGCUGACCAAUCAGGUGCUGUUCAUGAGGAACGUCCCCCCUGCAGAGAGAGACGUCUGGAUGACCUUCGAGGUGCUGGAGGAUGGACAGCUGGAACGGCCUCUGCUCCCCAGACAGAAAGUUCUGGAAGAAGCUUUGCAGUGGUGCAAGAUGGCCGACCCGAGCUCAGCACACCUGGUGGUGAAGAAAGUUCCUAAAACAGACCUCCUCACCUCCUAUCACAGCGACAUCAUGAAGGUGGGUCUGCUGAGGUGUCGUGAGGAACCUCCGAAGCUCCUGCAGGGGAACAAGUUCCAGGAGAGAACGUUCCAGAUCAGGGAGAACAAACUGCUGCUGCUCAAAGACAAGAAGAGCAUCAAACCAGAGAAGGAAUGGUCUCUGAAGAACAUGAAGAUCUACAUCGGCAUCCGCAGGAAACUGAAGGCUCCGAGCAGGUGGGGGUUCACCGUGAUGUCGGACAAACACCAGCUGUAAGUAUGA